AUGGCGGAAGGACGCCGAGAACAGCCCCAUCCCCUCCUCUCCUCGCCGCCAGCCACCAAGCGCCCGUGUCUGCGCCCCGCUCCCCGAGGUCCCGGGCCGGGGCCGGGCCAUGGCAGCGGUUUAACGAACUCCAGGUACCGCUCCCCGGAGUCUCUGCUGGACUGCGCGGCGAAGGCAGUAGCGGAGAAGUGGGCCUUUGAGCGAGUGGAGGAGCGCUUUGAGCGGAUUCCGGAGCCCGUCCAGCGCCGCAUAGUCUACUGGUCUUUUCCCCGGAACGAGAAGGAGAUAUGCAUGUACUCUUCGUUUCAGUGCAGAGCCGCUGGAGAGGACGGCUCUGUGGUGGCUCCCAGCGGAACUGGGACUACGGCUUCCGCGGCUCCAGCUCCCGGAGCUGCUGGAGGGUCUACCCCGGCUACGGCAGCCUCCACGGGGGCAACUGGCUCUGUGGGGACCGGGGACGGACUACCAUUUCGCCGCGGUAUCAGACUCCUAGAGACGGGAUGUGUGGAAAACGUUUUACAAGUUGGGUUUCAUCUGAGCGGCACAGUCACGGAGCCGGCCACGCCGACGGAGCCAGAGGUCACACACAAAGUCGCCAUCAGCUUUGACAGAUGCAAGAUCACCUCUGUCACCUGUGGAUGUGGGAACAAAGACAUUUUCUACUGCGCCCAUGUGGUGGCGCUAUCACUGUACAGGAUUCGCAAGCCCGAGCAGGUAAAGCUGCGGUUACCCAUCUCUGAGACGUUGUUUCAGAUGAACCGGGAUCAGCUGCAGAAGUUGGUGCAGUAUUUGAUAACUGCUCACCACACAGAGGUCCUGCCCACAGCACAAAAACUGGCAGACGAGAUUCUCUCCUCCAACUCGGAGAUCAACCAGGUCCACGGUGCCCCAGACCCAACGGCAGGCGCCAGUAUCGACGAUGACAACUGCUGGCACCUGGACGAAGACCAAGUCCGAGAGCAGGUCAAGCAGUUCCUGACUCAAGGAGGAUACUAUGGCUCAGGCAAACAACUUAACUCCAUGUUCGCAAAGGUGCGAGAAAUGCUACGAAUGCGAGACUCAAACGGGGCGCGGAUGCUCACUCUUAUAACCGAGCAGUUUAUGGCGGACCCACGUCUUUCGCUAUGGAGACAGCAGGGCACUGGGAUGACGGACAAAUGCCGGCAGCUUUGGGACGAACUUGGUGCAUUGUGGGUGUGUGUAGUUUUAAACCCGCAUUGCAAAAGUGAAGAAAAGACUGGGUGGCUAAAGCAGCUGAAGAAGUGGGGAGAGAUGGACGUGUGCCCGCUGGAGGACGGCAAUUACGGCAGCGAGCUCCCAAAUAUCACCAAUGCACUACCGCAGAGCAACCUCGCACAAGACUCUCUGUCCCGGCCGCGGAGGACGGUGUUCAGUCGAGCCGUGGAGGCGUGUGACCUCCACUGGCAGGACAGCCAUCUGCAGAGGAUCAUCAGCAGUGACUUCUACAUGUCACCGUCCUACCAGCGAGAGGGAGAGAGCCUCCUGUUCAGCCCCCAGGGACUGCCUCUGUGGCUCGACCACGUUCCAACAGCGUGCGCCAGAGUUGACGCCCUGCGCUCCCACGGCUACUCCAGGGAAGCUCUGCGAUUGGCUGUGGCCAUCAUAAACACUCUGCGGCUCCAGCAGACGAGGCAAAUGGACAUCUACAAACACCAAAAGAAAGAGCUUCUGCAGAGAGGCGUCACCUCCACAACGAACCUGGAAGGCUGGGUGGGUCAUCCGCUGGACCCUAUUGGCUGUCUGUUCACCACUCUCACCGAAACCUGCAGGGUGGACGACGACAGCAGUAUGGACACUGACGGCGAUCCCAAACCUCCAGUCUACAACCACGUUCCUGUUUGGGGCAGCCCUGAUUCGGGGGAGUCUUACUUGACGCUUGCCUUAGAAGUGGCCCUGAUGGGGAUGGGCCAGCAGAGGAUAAUGCCUGAAGGCCUUUACGCACAGGAUAAGGUUUGUCGAAACGAGGAGCAGAUAGUCUCAAAGCUUCUAGAGCUGGAUCUAGAUGAUCUUCUGGUUCAUACAUUAAGGAAGCAGGCUGCCCAGCUGCUGGACGCUGGUCCAUUUAGUGGGUUUGGUGAGGUCAUCCACAGGGAGAGCGUUCCCAUGCACACAUUCGCAAAGUACCUCUUCUCUGCACUGCUGCCCCAUGACGCAGAGCUGGCAUACAAAGUGGCUCUACGCGCUAUGAGGCUUCCUGUACUUGAGUCGUCUGCAGCCUCCGAUGUGGGCCAUUCUCAUCAUGGUAUUUCCAUCGUGCCGAGCAGAUAUCCACGCUGGUUCACUCUGGGACACCUGGAAUCACAGCAAUGCGAGCUGGCCUCUACUAUGCUCACUGCAGCAAAAGGUGACAUGCUGAGGUUGCGGACAGUGCUUGAAGCCAUACAAAAGAACAUCCACUCCUCCUCCUUAAUCUUCAAAUUGGCCCAGGAUGCCUUUAAGAUAGCCACGCCAGCGGACAACCCUCCCGACAUCACACUGCUGAAUGUGGCGCUGGAGCUGGGACUGCAGGUGAUGAGGAUGACUCUGUCCACUCUGAACUGGAGAAGACGGGAGAUGGUGCGUUGGCUGGUCACCUGUGCCACUGAAGUUGGUUUGCGUGCGUUGGUGAGCAUCCUGCAAAGCUGGUACACUCUCUUCACUCCAACUGAAGCCACCAGCAUUGUGGCUGCCACAGUCAUGUCCCACAACACUAUUCUUCGCCUGAGCCUGGACUACCCCCAGAGGGAGGAGCUGGCCAGCUGUGCACGGACCCUUGCCUUACAGUGUGCCAUGAAGGACCCCCAAAACUGUGCAUUGUCAGCUCUGACCCUCUGUGAGAAGGACCACAUUGCUUUUGAGACGGCCUACCAGAUUGUGAUCGACGCCGCGUCCACAGGAAUGACCUACUCUCAGUUGUUCACCAUAGCGCGCUACAUGGAGCACAGAGGCUACCCCCUGAGGUCCUUUAAACUGGCCUCCCUCGCCAUGACCCACCUGAACCUAGCUUACAACCAGGACACUCACCCGGCUAUUAAUGACGUACUGUGGGCCUGUGCUCUCAGCCACUCGCUGGGGAAGAAUGAGCUGGCAGCCAUCAUUCCCCUGGUGGUCAAAAGUGUGCACUGCGCCACAGUUCUUUCAGACAUCCUACGGCGGUGCACUAUGACUGCACCUGGACUCGCCGGGAUUCCCGGGAGAAGGAACUCUGGGAAGCUUAUGUCCACGGACAAAGCCCCACUGCGCCAGUUACUGGACGCAACAAUCUCUGCCUACAUCAACACCACGCACUCACGCCUCACGCACAUCAGCCCGCGCCACUACGGAGAGUUCAUUGAGUUUCUAAGUAAAGCACGGGAAACUUUUCUGCUGGCACAGGACGGACACAUUCAGUUUGCCCAGUUCAUAGACAACCUCAAACAAAUCUACAAGGGCAAAAAGAAACUGAUGAUGCUGGUCAGGGAGCGCUUUGGCUGA